GAGUGGAUCUCCGCGACGGGGCGCCGCACGGACGGACUUGGCGGACUGCUCAGUGUCGUGGUCCGCGUCCGCGUCUGCACCCUGCGAUCGCCGCUUGGCGCCUGGCCUGCCCGCGACGCGUCCACGCUCCGUCCGUCCUGCAUCCUGCCGCACUGAAGGGCGGUCCGCCGAAGUCGUUUUCGCUGUCCGCUGGUCGCGAACACCUUUCCGGCCCCCACUCACUGGGCUCGGGGAUGGCCUGAGGGCCCCGCUCGGGCGCCGAGGCCGACGACACAUCGCCGCCCCCCGCGAGGAGGCCGACCACAGCGCCAUGGCGGUGGGCGUCCCGGCCCGUCGGCCCGCCCGUGUCGUCGAGGUGCACCACACCGCGGACCCCGCGGACCAAUAGCGAGCUGCUGCUGGGACUUCCCCCUUCCGAACGGCAGGUUCAACCGCGAGCGACUUCAAGUAUGGCAGCGGCCGAGCGGGGAGCCUAUCUGGGAUGCCUUUUCCUGGUUUUCAUUCACGCCGUCAACUCCUUCGGCUAUCAUGGUCGCCCUAUCCGCAUCAACAGCACGGCGACCUCGUCGGGAACCUCGACGGAGACCGACGUGUACUACCCCUACGCGAGCUGCGGCAACGUACCCUGGGGCGAUGGUGACGGCCACGGCGCCGGCGUCAACAAAUUCCCCGUGAGAGAGUUCUGCUGCCCCGAGGCGGAGUUGACCGACUACGGCCCCGUUGACUGGCCCAUGACGCGGGUCAACCAGUGGGUCGUGCAAGCGUGUCCGUACGGCGCCAGCCCCGACACGCCGGGGGCGGACUUCGGCGUCCCCAAGGCGUCGCGGCGGUGUGCCUUCAGCCGCUCGAUGGGCCCCGUGUGGCGCCAGAGCGACUACAGCCAGUGCCGGACCAAGCAGGGAGCCUCGGAGCGGGACGCCGCCGAGGCGGCGAGCAACGCAGAGAACAUGACGUCCGACCCCUCCAAGAUCGACAGCGCGGCGUUCCAGGAGGCCACGGACCUCAUCUUCGCGGCGCACCAGCUCGCCAAGACGAACCGGACGGUGGCGCGCUCCAUGCUCAAGGCCUUGAGCAACCUGGUGGCGACGUCGCCGUCGGUGCAGGAGGCCAGCGACGCGAACGGCACGCAGCGCCUCGAGUUGUUCCGGCUCAUGGAGGAGCACGGGCGCGGGGUGCGGCUGAGCGACGACGAGUACCCGUACGAGCACCGGAUGCCCAACCUGCACCUCGCCGUGUACAAGCUGGACAUCCUGCCGGACGGCAGGCCCGACCUCCCGCAGGACAUGCAGUUCCGGGUCAACUACGACGGCCAGGACGGCGACGUGUCCGUCACGAUGUCGCCCGAGGCCAUCCAGCAGGCGGUGACGGCGGCCAGCUCCACGCGCCAGCAGGGGCUCCGGGUACGCUUCAUGGCGGUGCGCAAGGCCGAGCUGCUGGUGCCGCCGGGCGCGCUGUCGGGCAGCCAGCAGGUGGUGACGGCCGCGCUGAGCCGCGGCCCGCAGGUGGACGAGACCGAGGACCAGGAGCUCGACCUGCCCGUGUCGGGGCUGCAGCAGCCCGUGCGCAUCACCAUGCCGCUGGGCGCCAACUCCAUCGGCACCACGCACGUCUGCGCCUACUUCGACGACAACGACGGCGUGUGGCGCACGGACGGAGUCCAGAGCAGCCUGGACGGCAUGACCGUGGUGUGCGAGGCGACGCACUUGACGCCCUUCACGCUGCUGCUGGACCCCUAUCCGCGCAGCGACCUGGCCGACAUGGCGGUGCCCCUCACCAUCCUGGGCUCCAUCGGCAGCACCCUCAGCGUCCUGGGGCUCGCCCUCACCAUCCUCACGUACAGGUUCUUCAGCAGGGUCUCCGCCGCGAAGGUGUCUAUUAAACGGGCUGCUCCGGCGCGGUCCUCGCUGCAGUGUCCCCAUAAUGGGUUCAGCCAGGACCGGUGGGGCCGUGUGCUGGUGCAGCUGUGCCUGUCGCUGCUGCUGCUGCACCUGGCCUACCUCGCCUCCAACCUCAAGGGCUCGCUGCCGCCGCCGGGCUGCGUGGCCGUGGCCGUGCUCGUCCACGUGUCCCUGCUCGCCUCCUUCAGCUGGAUGUUCAUCGAGGGCCUGCUCCUGUACCAGAUCCUCGUGACCGUCUUCAAGACGGCCGACACCAAGUUCAUCCUCAAGCGGCUGGUCUUCGGAUGGGGCGUGCCGAUCCUCUUCGUGGCGGUGAACGGCGCGGUGCGGCCCAACUACUACCUGGACACGCACCCCGACUACUGCGUCGUCUCGGGGGCCAACGAGCUGCAGCACAUGCUGGCCACCAUCGCGCCCUGCGGCCUCGUCAUGCUCGCCAACCUCGCCAUCUUCGUCCGCGUGUGCGUCGUCCUGCUGCGCCAGCGACAGCUGCCCGGCGUGCGCCAGGACGCCGACGACCGCCCCAAGGUGUCCUGGGCGCAGGUACGCGGCGUCAUCGGCGUGGCCUUCCUGCUGGGCGUCACGUGGCCGCUGUCGCCCCUCGCCGCCAGGGACACCACCAUGGGGGUGGUGUCCACCGUGCUCAACGCGUUCCAGGGCGUGGCCAUCUUCGUGUCGAGGGUGCUGACCCACCCAGAGGCCCGCCGCUGCUGGCUGCAGCGCUUCUUCUCCAGCACGCCGGACUUCGGCAGCAGCGCCUCCUAUUCCCUCAACGAGAAGGGCUCGCAGUGGUUCUGUUUGCGCUGGAUUUCAUCGAAACAGGACAUCGCCUCCGUUCCCAAAGAUCGGCGGUCGAUCUUCAAUGGAGCCAGACCAUGGAGCCGAGGAGACUCGUCCACCAACAUCAGCAGCAGUAGCAGCAGCAGCAGCAGCGGUGUCAUUUUGUCAAAGAGUACCUCGGACACAGACAUCCUGUAUUAGUCUCGCCCGAGGCCUCUCGAGGGUUCAUGGGUCAUUUCACUACAUCAUACGGCUUACAAAUAAUAAUGGUUACGACCUGUGUGAAACGAAUCUCUUAAUCAAGUGAGCAACAAAUAUAAUUCAGUUCCAAGGAAAUUAAUUAGAUCAUUAUUCUUUUUUUUUGUUUCAUUUUACUUCUGUUUUAUCUGGUACUAUCACACACAUUUCUUGGUAUUACAGCCUGACUUUGUGAAGACAUCUCAUCUUAUUACUGAUAAUUUAGUUACAAUUUUUACAGAUGCAAACAGAUGUAUGUAAUGCCUGGGUUUUGCAGGACAUCCCAGAAAAUUAUGAAAAAGCAAUACAAUGAUAAAAAAGUA